AUCCCCACAUUAAAGUCUCUGGGAAAAAAGAAAAUGUUAAAGAAGCAAAGGAGAAGAUCAUGUCUGUCUUGGACACAAAAAGUAAUCGAGUCACCUUGAAGAUGGAUGUGUCUCACACAGAGCACUCUCAUGUGAUUGGCAAAGGAGGCAAUAAUAUUAAAAAGGUGAUGGAGGAGACGGGUUGCCACAUCCAUUUCCCAGACUCGAAUAGAAAUAACCAAGCGGAGAAGAGUAAUCAAGUGUCUAUAGCAGGACAGCCAGCCGGAGUUGAGUCUGCCAGAGCUAGAAUACGGGAGCUGCUUCCACUGGUCCUAAUGUUUGAAUUACCUAUAGCUGGAAUCCUUCAACCAAUCCCAGAUCCAAAUUCUCCCACCAUUCAGCAUAUAUCUCAGACAUACAACAUUUCAGUGUCUUUUAAGCAACGUUCCCGGACAUAUGGUGCUACAGUCAUCAUCAGAGGAUCUCAGAAUAAUGCUAGUGCUGUGAAGGAAGGAACUGCUAUGCUUUUGGAGCACCUGGCUGGUAGCCUGGCUUCCGCGAUCCCUGUGAGCACGCAACUCGAUAUAGCAGCUCAGCAUCAUCUCUUUAUGAUGGGUCGAAAUGGCAGCAACAUUAAGCAUAUCAUGCAGAGGACUGGUGCUCAGAUCCAUUUCCCCGAUCCCAGUAACCCACAGAAGAAAUCCACAGUCUACCUCCAGGGCACUAUCGAGUCCGUCUGUCUUGCCAGACAGUACCUCAUGGGUUGCCUUCCUCUUGUGCUGAUGUUCGAUAUGAAGGAAGAAAUCGAUGUAGAACCACACUUUAUAACUCAACUAAUGGAACAGCUGGAUGUCUUCAUUAGUAUUAAGCCAAAGCCAAAGCAACCAAGCAAGUCUGUAAUCGUGAAAAGCGUUGAGCGAAAUGCCUUAAACAUGUACGAGGCACGGAAAUGUCUCCUGGGCCUUGAAAGCAGUGGAGUUGCCAUAGCAACGAGCCCAUCCACAGUCUCCUGUCCCAUUGGCCUCUCGUGUCCUGGCUUGGAUAUCCUAUCCUCAGCUGGGCUAGGACUCACUGGACUCGGUCUCUUGGGUCCCACUGCCUUGUCCGUCAACACAUCCACUACUCCAAAUUCUCUCCUAAAUGCCCUUAAUAGUUCUGUCAGUCCUUUGCAAAGUCCUAGUUCAGGCACACCUAGCCCAACGUUAUGGGCCUCUUCCAUUGCCAAUACAAGUGCCACAGGAUUCUCUGCUAUUCCCCACCUGAUGAUACCAUCUACGGCCCAGGCCGCUUUAACUAGUAUACUUUUGUCCGGAGUGCCAAACUAUAGUCAGAACACACCCUCUCCCCCUCCCGGCUUAACCCCAGUUGAUAUCCAUGUCAAUGGCAUACAAACAGAAAACAAGAAAAGCCAAACUUCUCUGAACGGCCAUGUAAAGACUUCAGCCAUGAAGUACACAGCUCUGUCUGCUGCAUCACUCGGUGAGAAUGUAUUGAGUUCAAACCACAGCGAUCCAUCCCGGCAGAUGAGUAGCCAUAAUGCCUCCGAACAAGUGACGGCCAAGGCAAACGCUGGAGAAGGGUGCAACGAUGCUUUUGUGGAAGUGGGCAUGCCGAGAAGCCCUUCGCAUUCUGCAAAUGCCAGCGACCUGAAGCAAAUGAUGAGUUCCUCCAAGCCGCCCUGUGCGAAGAGGCAGACCGUAGAGUUGUUGCAAGGCACCAAAAACUCGCACUUGCACACCGCAGAGAGGUUACUGUCGGAUUCUGAGCUGAGCGCUUCAGAGGGCCCCGUGGCAGAUAAAAAAGCCCCCGGAAGUGAGCGAGCGGCUGAGAGGGCCGCAGCUGCCCAGCAGAAUUCGGAAAGGGCCCGCCUUGCUCCGCGGUCAUCGUAUGCGAACAUGCAGGCAUUUGACUAUGAACAGAAGAAGCUGUUAGCAACCAAAGCAAUGUUAAAGAAGCCAGUUGUCACAGAAGUGAGGACGCCAACCAACACCUGGAGUGGACUUGGCUUCUCCAAAUCCAUGCCAGCUGAAACAAUCAAGGAACUAAGGCGAGCUAACCAUGUAUCAUACAAGCCGUCUAUGACGAUAACAUACGAGGGUUCAUCAAUGUCUCUCUCGCGGUCCAACAGCCGGGAGCACCUGGGCGGCAGUAGUGACUCUGAUAACUGGAGAGAUCAUAACGGCAUCGGUCCGGCAGCUCCCAGCAAUUUUGUCUCGUCCAUUGGCAGCCCUAAACGGAAACAAAACAAAUCCACUGAACAUUAUCUCAGCAGCAGCAACUACAUGGACUGCAUCUCUUCGCUGACCGGAAGCAACGGCUGUAACUUGAACAGUCUAUUUAAAGGGUCGGACCUGCCCGAGCUGUUCAGCAAACUGGGCUUGGGCAAAUACACAGACAUAUUCCAGCAACAAGAGAUUGAUCUUCAGACGUUCCUAACUCUCACAGAUCAGGAUCUAAAAGAGCUUGGGAUUACUACUUUUGGUGCACGAAGGAAAAUGCUGCUUGCAAUCUCAGAACUGAACAAAAACCGAAGAAAACUGUUCGAGCCCUCCAGCAUCCGUGCCUCAUUCCUGGAAGGCGGAGCUAGCGGACGGCUGCCGCGUCAGUAUCACUCGGACAUUGCUAGCGUGAGCGGCCGCUGGUAGCAGUAAAGGGAAGCUCUUGCGGUCGACUGCGCAACCUGACAUGGCGAUCCUGUGGACGGCCAUCACUGCACACCACCCUCUGCACUUUGGGAGUCUAGGUACCGAGGACCAAAGCCUUUCUUUUCUGCACAAAACCCUUGUGCCAAAAAAAAGAGAGAGAGAAAGAGAGAACACUCGUUUUUGUCUUUCCAAGCACCAAAUGUGGAUUGUUUUACUUGUGUAGAUUGGACAGAAUUUGCAAU